CUGCUGAAUACCUUAUCUCAUCAGCAAUUAGAGCAGUCUUGUGACUUUUAUCAGUGUCCAGCAGAGCACUGGUUACAGCUUAUAGCUGAAUACAUUUUGGCCAUGAUUUAUGAAGAAAGAUCAUUUCUUUUUAAAAUUGUAUAAGAAAAACAUUUAUUUUUCAAAAUGUUUGGACUUUUUCAUUUAUAUAGCUAAAAAAUAAAAAUCCCAGUGGUGAAUAA